UGCAGCACUCUUUUCAAACUCUGAAGGGCUCCGACAAGCAUCCUGUUAUACCUGUAGCACAGCUUCAUCCAGGAUACACCUGCAACAUGAACUCUGAAUGUGACCCAAGUUCUAUAGUACAGCAAAGUCCAUUAGUACACAGGACAGCUCACAAAGAAAAGAAACCAUAUAAAUGUCCUGAAUGCAAUAAGUGUUUCAGAAGAAGGGGGAUUCUAGUAAUACAUGAAAGGACUCACAUGGUAGAGAAACCAUAUAAAUGUGCUGAAUGCAGUAAGGGUUUCAGACAAAGGGGGAAUCUAGUAAUACAUGAAAGGAUACACACGGGGGAGAGACCAUAUAAAUGUUCUGAAUGCAGCAAGUGUUUCAAACGAUGGAGUCAUUUAGUAGUACACAAAAGGACUCACAUGGGGGAGCAACCGUAUAAAUGUCCUGAAUGUGAUAAGUGUUUCAGAGAAAGAAGAGCUCGAGUAAGUCAUGAAAGGAUGCACAUGGCAGAGAAACCAUAUAAAUGUUCUGAAUGCAGUAAGGGUUUCAAACAAAGGACGCAUCUAGUAAUACAUGAAAGGACUCACACAGGAGUUAGACCAUAUAAAUGUCAAGAAUGUAGCAAGUGUUUCAAACAAAGCAGUCAUCUAACAGAGCACAAAAGGAGUCACACUGAGAGAGCAUAUAAAUGUCCUGAAUGCAGUAAGUGUUUCAGAGACAGAAGAAAUCUAGUAAGCCAUGAAAGGAUUCACACAGGGGAGAGACCAUAUAAAUGUUCUGAAUGCAGCAAGGGUUUCACAAGAACUAAUAGCCUUAGACUUCAUCUGUUAGUUCACAAAGAAAAGAAACCAUAUAAAUGUCCUGAAUGCAAUAAGUGUUUCAGACAAAGAGGGACUCUAGUAAUACAUGAAAGGACUCAUACGGGGGAGAGACCAUAUAAAUGUCCUGAAUGCAACAAGGGUUUCAAAACAACUAGUAGCCUUAGACUUCAUCUGUUAGUUCACAAAGAAAAGAAGCCGUAUAAAUGUCCUGAAUGCAAUAAGUGUUUCAGACAAAGGGGGACUCUAGUAAUACAUCAAAGGACUCACACAGGGGAGAAACCAUAUAAAUGUCCUGAAUGCAGCAAGGGUUUCAAAACAACUAGUAGCCUUAAACUUCAUCUGUUAGUUCACAAAGAAAAGAAACCGUAUAAAUGUCCUGAAUGCAAUAAGUGCUUCAGACAAAGGGGGACUCUAGUAGUACAUGAAAGGACUCACACGGGGGAGAAACCAUAUAAAUGUCCUGAAUGCAGCAAGGGUUUCACAACAACUAGUAACCUUAGAGUUCAUCUGUUAGUUCACAAAGAAAUGCAACCAUAUAAAUGUCCUGAAUGCAAUAAGUGUUUCAGACAAGGGGGGAAUCUAAUAAUGCAUGAAAGGAUUCACACAGGGGAGAGCCCAUAUAAAUGUCUUGAGUGCAAUAAGUGUUUCAAACAAAGGGGAACUUUAGUAAAACAUGAAAGGACUCACACAGGGGAAAGCAAACCCUAAAGAUUUGGAGAAAUUAAAAAAAAAGAAGGGAAAGCAACUUUUAAAGUAGGAAAACUGCAACACCAGGAAAACAUC